AUGGCGAGGGAUGUUAUCUUAGCGGAUACCGCACCAAAGUUCGAAAUCAAGGAAGAUCAGAAAGAACGCGAAGGCUUUAAGCCCCGAGACUAUCAGGUAUUUAAACACCACAACGUAUAAAGGUCUUCUUUUCAGCUGGAAUUGUUAGAAUUUGCUCAGGAUAACAAUUGCAUAAUUUCAUUGGGCACCGGAUUUGGUAAGACUUAUAUUGCUGUUCUCCUGAUCAAGGCUUAUGCCUCCGAAUUUCAAAUCGAAAGGAAUGGACGCAAGAAACGGGCCUUCUUUGUUGUUGAUAAUGGUAGGAGAGCUUAUUUUAACGGUUAAAGUGGUAUUAAUGUUUUAGUUAUUCUUGCUCAACAGCAAGAAGAACAUUUAAGGUGUCAUUUGAAUAUGAAUGUUCUUUUGCUUCAUGGGAAUAUCAGUAAGAUGCAGCACUAUCGACAAGACCUCACAAUUUUUGAGAAGGACUGGAGUGAAAAUGAGGUAACUCUUAACAUCGACAGCAUUUUGUUUCUUUAGGUGUUUGUGAUUACGGCCCAACUCCUGAACGAGUUGAUUGAUGCAGCAUACGUUAGAAUGUCCGAUAUUGCUCUACUAAUCUUGGAUGAAUGUCAUCACGUAAUCGGCGAGAGACACCCUUAUAGGGAGAUCAUGAAGUCUUACAAUAGAGUUGAGGGUGGGUUGUAAAGAUUGUUUAAUUUUUGUUUUAGGAGAAAAGCCACGCAUAAUGGGGCUCACUGCAAGCGUAAUUGAUGGGGAGAUUCCGUUGAGGAAGGUGGAAAACUUCAUAAACGCGGUAGAAGGCUUGCUUUGCAGUCGUUUAAAAACGGCCAGUGAUGUCGGAAAGGUUAUACUAGAAUAAUUAUAAUAGAAACUUGUUGUUUAGUUAUCAAAAUACGGCACUCGACCUCGCGAGAUCAUUUUUUGUUAUAAGGAACAGCCUGUUCAGCUCGAAAAUGUUAAAGCGAUCUUAGAACAUGCCCUGGAAGCAUCUUUCAAUUGUUGGAGAUACGAUGAAUAUUCAGAUAUUCAGAACGCAACAAAAGAAGCCUUUAACCGAACGUCGGAUGUACUGAAACAACUCGGUCCUUUUUGUUGUUAUAACAUCUGUCAGAUGUAUUCGAAGCAGUUUCAGAAUAUGCUGAAUCUGGAAUCUUUUAAUGACGAAAGAAAAAGGUUUCUUUGUUAUGCGAAGACAAUCCUUAUGAAAUGUAUGUGGCAGCUGAGUAAGAUGGUAAGACAAAUAUUGUUUCGAAAACCUUUUAUUCAGAAAAGAUUUCCAAAAUCGGAAGUUGAUCUUCUUACUGUAACCACUGCGCGGGUAUCCCGACUUAUUGAUGUUCUCCAUGAGUUUUAUGAGAAGCAGCAGGAAUCUAAUGAUGGAUCAGGAAAGGACAAUUUCGCUGCCAUUGUUUUUGUCCAGGAGCGACACACUGCCGUCCUUCUUACUGUGGGUUCAAUUCAUUUUAUAUCCCAGGUUUUAGAAAGCCUUAAAAUUCCUCGCAAAAUCAUACUCAAAAUACGGAUAUAUGAAACCAGAACAUGUGAUUGGAAGACAAGGGACUGUCCUCAACAAUGAUGACGAUGUGAAAAUGGCCAAUAAAAGACAAGAGGCAAUAAUCAAGAGGUUCAGGCACGGGGAAGUUAAUAUCCUGGUCUCAACAAGCGUUCUUGAAGAGGGGAUUGAUCUGAAAUCUUGCAACUGCGUAGUCAGAUUUGCGCCUCCGAACUCUUUCAAGUCAUAUAUCCAAGUAAGUUGACUGACUGUUAUGAUCAACUCGUUUCAGUCCAGAGGCAGAGCUCGGGCCAAGAAAGCCAUGUAUGCUGUCAUCUGUCCUGAAUCAGAGUGUCGUACGAUAAAGGAAAGGUUAGAUCGGUAUAACGAGGUUGAGAACUUGCUCAUGUCCUAUUGGCCUCCUUCUGAAUCAGAGAUUGACAGCACGAUGUUGAUGGUGGAUGAGAGCGAGGAAUAUGUCGUGGAGUCAACGGGUGCUCGCGUUACUUACUCGUCGGCCGUCUCGCAUAUCAACAGAUAUUGUUCCAAACUGCCAUCAGAUAUCUUUACACGACUUGUUCCUCAAUUGAAUAUUAUUCCGGUCGAAUAUGGCAAUCGGAAUUUGUACAAGGCCGAGUUGUUGUUGCCCAUCAAUGCGCCCGUGAAGCAUGCUAUCAGGACGGAGAGGGCAUUGCCUUCAGCUGGAUUAGCGAAGAUGGCUGUGGCAUUGGAGGUAUGCUGCCAGCCCUUAAGUCGUAAUCUCGUCGUCGUUUCAGGCAGUCAAAGUUUUGCACAAGAAGGGAGAAUUGACCGAUCAUUUGUAUCCAGCUGGAAAGGAUGUGAUUGUGGAUAAAACUGCUUUGCCCGAAGAUCUUUUGAGUGAAGUGUUCGCCGAACAUCAGAAUCUGAGUAUUAUUGGUCACAAUAUCAAAAGUAGAAGAUUACACAACAGGAAGAGUUCUAGUAAAAUGAAGGGAGUUCUAGUGUCUCCGGAGAAACAGGCAUAUGUAUAUAUAAUCGACAUAAAAUUAACCGAUCCUAUCAGAGAAGAAGACAAUAUUAAGAGAAGGAAAAUCAUCAAUCCCCAUGAAGAGGACUUUGCAUUCGGAUUUUUAUGCACGACUGAACUGCCACCGGCAAGUUGACACAAGGCAUGGUAAACUUUUUUCAGGUAACGCCAUUCCCUGUGGCAAUGCGACAAGGGAUGACCAGAGUAUCUUUCAUCCGGACCACACAGAAGAAAUCGUUCUCUGUUGACACAUUGAGGAAAAUAUACGACUUUCAUCAACAUGUUUUUGACGACAUUCUUAGAGUUGUGAAGAGCGCUGUUGAAUUCAAUCCGGAAGAAUCAAACAUUCCUUUACUGGUGGUACCUAUUAUAAAGCGUAGGGUUGUUAAUAAGAUUAUAAUGUUUAUAUUUCAGAGAGAAAUACAGAUGGUAAUGUUACUGACUGCAUUUUGAAUGUUGAGUUGCUGGAGAAAGAGUUUAACAAACAACUAGGAAAACCUUCGUUGGAAGAACGUCAGAAGAUGACUUUUGAGAAGGAAAAGUAUGAGGAUGCAGUAGUCAGUCCGUGGUAUCGUGUGAAUGAACACCCCUCCUACUACUACGUUGCAAGAGUAAGACGUCCUUCUGAUUUAAAAAAAAAACUUUAUUCUAGCUUGCUUCGGAAAGCAACCCUGGUUCGAAGUUUCCGGAUGAAAAAUAUCCAAACUUUAAUGAAUACUAUAAACUAAAAUACGACAUUGCUAUUAUUCAUCAAGAUCAGCCCCUUCUUGAAGUGGACCGAGCUUCGGAGCGAAUGAAUCUCAUCUUCCCUCGUCACGUCAGUUCUCGAGCCAGGAAACAGGCCUAUGAUCCAACUCAACAGCAAGUACUGGUUCCCGAACUCGUCCAUGUUCAUCCGCUUUCGGCCAAUUACUGGACUAUGAUCAUCGCUUUACCAACCAUAUUCUAUCGUCUGAAUCAGUUCCUUUUGAUUGAGGAGCUCAGAGAACGGAUUUUGGAGCAAGCUUUCCGAAAACCGAUUAUUCCUUACGAUCAGUAUAACUGGGACAAUCACCCCUUGGAAUACGAUUGUAAUAGCAUUCAUUCGAUGACACAACUGAAACAAAGGAAGGAAAUAAUGUCGACAUCUUCUGUUCCGGCCACGGAGCUUGAGGAAUACACGGACGAAACAUCACAGGACGACGAGUCUGGCUUUGACAUUGGAGUCUGGGAUCCAAAGGACGCCAAAGAAUAUCAACCAGUCGACUUGAUCCUAUCUGCCAAUGGGAAUGCCGGAAGUGUGGAGAGAAUCAACGAAGAGGUUACGGUCAGUCGAAAAAACAUUGAUCUGGAUGGAUCUGACGCUGAAGCCGAGGAAUAUGAAAUUAUCACCGACUUCAAACUUAAUGGAAUUGCUCCUCAGAAUCUGGAUUUAUUCACCCCACGAUCAGAUAUUGUGGAAGCUUCUGACGUUUUCGGAUGGGACUCUGUGGGCACUGUUCACGGCAAUGGAUGCCUCUCGAUUAUAUCCGAACCGAAAACUGGGUCCUCCAUAAACAUGGAGAAGCUGAACAAUGAUCUUUUGAGUGUACUCUCAAGUCCUGAUCCAAUAAUUGUUCAAAACGAAAAUCAAUCUGUAAGUCUAAUCCUAAUUGCAGUUAUUAUAGAUCAUUGUUUCUUAGGAAACUGGCCCUGAAAAGAAGAAGGCUAAGGUGUCUGAUGUCGUGGAAGAGACGUCGAAAGAGGAUGAAUCCUUGCCUCGGGAGUUAUACGAAAAGUUACCAGCGGUUCCUGUUUCACUUCCUCAAAACUUUAAAGCGCUUAAUCCAUCAAGACCUCAUGGAUUAUGUGUUACUGACUCUGAUUUUGACGACUAUAUAAAUGGACAGGUAGAAUGUUAAAAGAAUCUACUCUAUCCUGAUUUUAGUGGGAGUGUAAAGCACCGGAGUUGUCACAAAAUUUUGUCUUUGAACAGGAUUUCCUUGACCAAAAACCAGAAGGUGUUCCACCAGCUCUGAUGCUUCAGGCUGUCACCACGGCUAGCGCAUCGGAUGGUGUAAAUCUGGAGAGGUUGGAAACUAUUGGAGACUCAUUCCUCAAGAUGGCUGUUACAAUCUACCUCUUCAAUGAACAUGCAGAUCAUCACGAAGGUCGCCUGAGUUUCUCUCGAUCGAAAGAGGUCUCAAAUGCUAAUCUCUGGUUGAAAGGGUACUCAAAAGGCAUACAUUCCAUCAUGGAAACUGCCAAGUUUGAUCCCAAUGUCAGCUGGCUUCCUCCCUGUUACCGGUGUGAAGCCGUUUUUCAUGCAAACGGAUGGCUGAAGAAUGAUGAGAAUACUGUAGGUAAACGAGCGAUAUGAUGUAAUUUUCAGAACAACGAAGAGACGGCGUGGGACGAUAAUGAAACGGACCAAACCUUUAAGGAAGUCGAUGGGGUCCAAACAAUUGAUCUGAAGAAAGUAAGAAAACUUCUUGGUGGCUGACUUUAUCGUAGAUUACUCCUGGGCCGGAUGAGACAUUCCCAUAUAACCCGAUGACGCAACAAUGCAUAAACGACAAAAGUGUAGCUGAUGCAGUCGAAGCUUUAAUUGGUGCCCAUUUAAUCUCUCUCGGACCUAGAGCAGCUUUACAAUUUAUGGAAUGGCUGGGCCUCAAGGUAUUGGUAGAACCUCCCAUUCCGGCUUCUCCUAUCCUCAGAUUCGGUGAUUCGGAAGAAGACGUAAGUCUUCUACAGAUUUGUUAAGAAAUCUUAUAGCCAAACGCAUCGAAACGGGAAGUGGUCGAGUUAUACAAAUGCAAUCAGUUCGAGAAGGUUGAGAAGACGAUAAAUUACACUUUUGCCAAUAAGGCUUUCCUGGUCCAGGCAUUCACUCAUGCUUCUUAUUUCAAAGGACGAGCUACUGGAUGUUAUCAGAGACUGGAAUUCUUAGGAGAUGCGGUCCUGGACUACAUGAUAACGAGAUAUCUCUUCGAACAUCCAGAUAAAUUUGCUCCCGGAGUUCUGACAGAUCUGAGGUCGGCCCUUGUCAACAACACCAUUUUUGCGUCAUUGGCUGUGAAGUACGAAUUUCACAAGGUAACUUUUAAUGUGCUUAUAAUGCUGCUUAGCUGUUCUUGAAUUACUCUCCGUCCUUGGCGAAGAAGAUUGAGUCGUUUGUGAAGAGCUGCGGAACGAAUUCCAUCUUCAACUGUCCAAAUUUCAAUGAUGAGGUAUGAGAGAUGCAGCGUAAUUGUUAUCCCGUUUAGUUGUUCAAAGUAACAGAAGAGGAGAUUGAAGACGGUCAAGAAGAGGAAGUAGAAGUACCCAAAGCACUAGGCGACAUUUUUGAAUCCCUUGCCGGCGCGGUUUAUUUGGUAAGCACUGCAGUUAUAUUAAUACUACCCCUUCAGGACUGUAACCGGGAUCUUGACGUUGUUUGGAGGGUUUAUUACAAUCUGAUGGCAGCAUUAAUUGAGCAGUGUUGCCGUGAUCCUCCACAGUCACCAAUCAGGGAACUUUAUGAAAUGAAGGAUGUUCACGCUAGCUUCUCGUAAGUCGUCUCACAUGCUGUCAUUACUAUCAUAUUUUUAUAGAAAAUUAGAAAGGAUAAUUGAAAAGAAUAAAGUAAGAUGUACAGUCGAAGUUGGAGACAAGCUUGUCUUCCAUGGCAUGGGAAGAGGAUACAAGAUUGCCAAAGCCACUGCCGCUAAACGGGCGUUAGUAUACCUGAAGAAGAUGAAGGCCCAGAAAGAGAAGAAGUGA